UAGUGCAUUAUAACGAGGUGGGGGUAUGCUGUCAGAGAGCCGGUCACAUGACAGCCGAUCUAUAAACAGUGCACUGUCCCCUUAAAUUACAGCUGGACUGUUCAGUUGCUCUUCUGGAAAUUCGGCUGUGUUUGCAGCUUACAGCCCGGGCGACGGAGUUGUCGUGUCUCCCUUCGAAUCAUGGAAGACCAGGCUUUCGUAACACUGGCCACCAACGACAGCUAUGCCAAGGGGGCCAUGGUGGUAGCCAAGUCCCUACGGAGUUACAACACCUCCAGGAAGCUAGUGGUUCUGAUGGGCCCCCACGUGUCGGACGCCUACAGAGAGGUACUCAGCGCGACCUUCGACGAGGUGCGGCUGGUGGACGUGCUCGAUAGCGGGGACUCAGCCCACCUGGCGCUGAUGAACCGGCCCGAAUUGGGGGUGACACUCACCAAACUCCACUGCUGGACCCUCACACACUACUCCAAGUGCGUGUUCAUGGAUGCCGACACACUGGUGCUGUCAAACGUGGACGAGCUGUUCGAGCGGGAAGAGCUUUCAGCUGCCCCCGACCCCGGCUGGCCGGACUGCUUCAACUCCGGCGUGUUCGUGUUCCGCCCGUCCAACGAGACCUACGGCAGAAUCCUCCAGCUAUGCUCAGAGAGUGGCAGCUUUGACGGUGGGGACCAGGGGGUCCUCAACACUUUCUUCAGCAGCUGGGCGACGGCAGACAUCUCCAAGCAUCUGCCCUUCAUCUACAACCUCAGCAGCUCAGCCUUCUACUCGUACCUCCCAGCAUUUAAGCAGUUUGGGGGCAAUGCCAAAGUGGUCCAUUUCCUGGGAUCACUCAAGCCGUGGAACUACUCCUACGACGCAGAGACGAAAAGCAUCAGGGGUCACACCCAGGAGCCCUGCACACUCCACCCCGACUUCCUGCUGAAGUGGUGGGACGUCUUCUCCACGUCAGUGACUCCUAUGCUGAAAGAACAGUACAGAGCGGAAUCUUUCCUCUCUGUAUCCAGUCACGAUAUUGAUGAUAUCCGGAAGGGGGUCUCUCACAUACAUGUCGGUGAGCCCCCCCAGCAGCCGGAGCUCUCCUCAGAGGAACGCAGGAAGAGGUGGGAGCAGGGACAAGCAGACUACAUGGGAAUGGACUCCUUCGAGAACAUACAAAGGAAGCUUGACUCCUUCCUUAAGUAAAAUCCAGAACCAGAUCCAGAGAAUGACCCCUUAGUUACAGAUAUAACUCCACAAGUUUGCGAAAACAUACACCGGCGAUCGUCAGUGCUUUCAGGUGUUGGAUGUAGUCAUACUCGGCACCUUUUUACGGCUCAUUUAAACAUUUUCUCUCCACUCCCCAUUUUCCGAAACCCAAAGACCUCUUUGUACACAUGAAGGUAAUUUGAAACUAUGCAGCAAUGUACCGCGAGCUUUCACCAUGCAAGGACCGGGCGUUACACAACAGACUGGUGACUCGGCUUUUAAGUCACGUAGCAUGACGUUCAACUAGACCAAAUUUACCCCAACUAGUCCUUGAAGGUGCAAUGUCCUCUCCCAACUGCCACAACACUCAUCAGUUGCAAGAGAUUUCUUCGAAAUUUGUAACGUGUCACAUGACUUGCCUGUAAAAACACACCUAAGGUACAGUUCUUGGACUUCUGGCGGUCUUCCAUUUCUUUUCCUGCAGAUUAAUAACCCAGUUUCCAGUAGCUAAUGCUACUUGCUGCUCCUAUGUGGUUCCUCCGGAGCCAAACGACAGCUGCCUUAGCCUGCGGACCAGUUUACACGAGGCCUCCUCUGCCUCCCCUCGAGGUCUCACAUCUCAUCUGCGCUUUAGCUACCGUCCUGCUCCGAAUGGAGAUGUGGGUAGCAGCCUUCAUGGUUGGAGUGUAGCUGAGCUUCCGGAUGGCCCGUGCAAUGCCGGCUGGUGAUUCCGGCAGGUUGGCUAAGGUUUGUGUCGCAAGCCGUCAACUUGCGGCCUGUUCUGGUCCCGGCCGCCCCAUCAUGCGGUAGAUGCUGUGCACAACGGUCUCUUGGGAAGUCUACAGUGACCUGUUGGUUUUCCAUUGCAUCAUAGUACAUAACACACUGGUGUCCCCCCACCCCCUUCCAGAAAAAGUGAGUAGUUUGACUGUGUGGUUGUUAGAUGUACUUACUAUAUCUUGCAGUAGCUCCCCUCUCAAUAAACACUGUUAAAGGACUA